AGUUCGUUACCAGUUUUUUUUGCGUCUAUAUUUAUAUACUCACCGACUAAAUGGGGAAAAUUAAGAAAAGUAAAGCUCUUACUUCAAACGCAGCUUCGGCUGGGUCCCUAGCAGAACAAAUACUAUUAGAUAAGACUGUACGACCACCUGGUCGCGUAAAAGAUCGAAAGAAAAAAGAAGAAACAAUAGAAUUCGUAGAUGACAAACUGAGCUUGAAGAUCCUUGAUCAAGCCCGAAAUCAACAAGCAGAACUUGAAGAAGAGUAUGGCGUUUCUGAACAGUCUAAAAAACUACCUAAAACCGUCAAGUUCCCAAAGAGCUCCAACAACGACUCUGAUGAAAGUGAUGAUGACAUUGGAGAAUUUGCAUAUGAUCAAGACGAAGAGAUUGAAAUAGAUGAAGACGAGGAAAAAGCUAUGGAAAAAUUUAUGUCUACAACUGGCCCUGUCAGAAGAACUUUAGCUGAUAUAAUUCAAGAGAAAUUAACUGAGAAAAAAACCGAAAUUGAAACAGAAUUAAGUGAUAAAAAUACCCUUCGAAUUGAGGAUAUGGAUGAGCGUGUUGUUAAAAUGUACAGAAGCAUUCGGGAUAUUCUAAGAUGCUAUAGAUCUGGAAAAUUACCAAAAGCUUUCAAAAUUAUCCCCUCAUUAAGGAAUUGGGAGCAAGUUUUGUAUUUAACAGAGCCAGAUUCCUGGACUGCUGCGGCCGUUUACCAAGCUACUCGAAUUUUUGCAUCUAAUUUAAAUGCGAAAAUGGCUCAGAGAUUUUUCAAUUUGGUCCUCUUACCUCGUAUUCGCGAUGAUAUCAGUGAAUACAAAAGGCUUAAUUUCCACCUCUAUAUGGCGUUAAAAAAAUCUCUCUUUAAACCAGCUGCAUUUUUCAAGGGAGUUCUUUUACCUUUGGCAGAGUGCGGAAACUGUACUUUAAGAGAGGCAAUCAUAGUUUCAUCCAUUCUGGCUAAAAAUUCUAUACCUAUGUUACACUCUGCCGCCGCUCUAUUAAAAUUAGCGGAAAUGGACUAUAAUGGGGCUACAUCUAUAUUCCUCCGAACUUUGUUGGAUAAGAAAUACGCUUUGCCAUAUAGAGUUCUUGAUGCUGUUAUAUUUCAUUUCGUUCGCUUUGAAAAGGACAAAAGACAAUUGCCCGUUCUUUGGCAUCAAUCUUUGCUUACUUUCGUUCAGCGUUAUAAGGCUGAUAUAUCAAGCGAACAAAAAGAGCUAUUAAUUGCCCUUUUAAGAGUACACAACCACCCAACAAUAACGGAAGAAGUUAGGAAAGAAAUAAUUCAUUCAGAUCCAAGGGACGUUGAAAUGGCAAUUUGUAAUUAAACAAUUAAUAUAAAUUUAUAAUAAAAUUGGAAUUAUGUAAAGUAUUUUUUUCAAGUACUG